UUCCAAUUUUUGAACCGACUAAGGUCAGGUCCAAUCAUCGACCUUGUGUCGUGUCCAGGUUCAUCCCCACCCCUGUUGUCAGAGGCUUUUACCAGUUGAUGAGAGAGUUGUGGGAUCCAUACGCAGACUUGCGUCGGGCCGCGUCCAGUAAUCGGUCCCGUUUUGGGUCCGGGUUUAUGGGCACCCCUGAUAUUGCCAGAGGCCUCUACUGGUUGAUGCGAGAGAGAGAGGCCUCUGAUUAAGGGGAUGAGGGGCGGAAUCUACGUCACCUGACUGCUUUAUAACUAGUGUUUGAAGUUUGAACCACUUAAAAUUGCUCUAUUGCUCUCCGUUUGAGACAGAGAUGAAGGCUGCAUCAACCAAACAUGAGGCUCCAUUGGCCACCUGAUCAUCUCCACCCAUCUUCCAUGGCCCUUUCACAUGCCUCCAUCACCCCCUCCUCCUCUCUCCACCAAACUCUGUCAGACCAUCUCUCUACUCCGCCACCCAAAUCCCCCACACUUUCUCUCUCUCCUAAAUUCCUCCAAAACCAUCAAAUCUCUCAAGCAAAUACAUGCGCAAAUGAUCAUAACGCAAGCGGCCCAAAACACCUUUCUCUCUACCAAGCUCUUGGAAUCAUGUGUUACCAAGCACCAAUUGGGUUAUGCAUCUCUCAUUUUCUCUCACAUCAAUGACCCAAAUGCUUAUGCUUGGACCACCAUGAUCAGAGGCUUCGUACUAUCAAAAUCGCCUGAAAAAGCGAUCGAAUUCUUCACAAGAAUGAAGGCCCAAGGUGUCAACCCCAACAAUUUCUCUCUCUUGUUUAUGCUCAAGGCUUUCACCAUGGUCUUGGCCUACAAAGAAGGUAGGCUUAUCCAUGGCCUAAUCUUAAAGCUUGGCUUAGAAUUGGACCUAUUUUUGCACAAUGCCUUAGUUCACAUGUAUUCUUUAUUUGGUGACAUGAAGUCUGCACACCAAGUGUUUGGUGAAAUGCCCAUGAAUACUAUUGCUACAUAUAAUGCAUUGAUAAGUGGAUGCUUUUCUUGUGGUGAUGUAAUGGGUGCGAGAAAAAUAUUCGAUGAGAUGAUUGACAGAAAUGUGGUAACUUGGAAUGCAAUGGUUAGUGGCUAUUCUAAACUAGGCCUAUUGAAAGAGGCUCGAUUCAUUUUUGAAGAGAUGCCAAUAAGAGAUGUAUUUUCUUGGAGUGCAAUGAUCUCUGGCUAUUCUCAAAGUGGGCGAGCGAUCGAGGCCUUGGCCUUAUUCCAAAAGAUGCAACUUUCCAACAUUGGCCCUGACUCAGUGACCAUGGUUAGUGUGCUCUCGGCAUGUGCUACAGCAGGGGCUUUAGAUGUUGGAAAAUGGGUUCAUGCCUAUAUUGACAAAAACGAGCUUAGGUGUGAUGUUUUCUUAGGAACCUCGCUUGUAGAUAUGUAUGCGAAAUGUGGGUGCAUUGACAUGGCACUUAGAGUUUUUAGAGAAAUGCCCCAUAAGAAUGUUUUCACUUGGAAUGCGAUGAUAAGUGGGCUUUCCUUGCAUGGUCAUGGAGAGGAUGCUCUAUCGCUCUUCGCUGCCAUGGAGAAGGCACAUGUGAUCCCAAAUGAGGUCUCUUUUGUGGGCGUCCUAUGUGCAUGUACCCAUGUUGGGAGAGUCGAAGAGGGGUGUAAGCACUUCAAUCGCAUGAUUCAAGAGCUUAAUAUUUCGCCCAAAAUUGAGCAUUAUGGCUGCAUGGUUGAUCUAUUAGGCCGAUCAGGGAGGCUAGAAGAGGCUAGAGAGUUCAUCAAAUCAAUGCCUAUGGCUCCAAACAUUGUAAUUUGGGGUGCUUUGCUUGGUGCUUGCAAGAUUCAUGGGGAUGUGGAGAUGGGAGAGAGUGUAGUGAAGCCCCUUGUAGAGCUUAGACCCAGAGACGGUGGUUGCUAUGUGCUCUUGUCGAAUAUAUAUGCAGCAGCUGGGCGGUGGAGUGAGGCAGCAAAGUUAAGGAAAUUGAUGAGAGAGAUGGGGGUCGAGAGGGUCCCUGGGUGUAGCUCAAUUGAGGUGAACAGCGUGGUGCAUGAGUUCUUGGUGGAAGAUAGAUUGCAUCCCCAGUGGAAAGAGGUGUAUGAGGUUGUUAAUUGGGUCAAUAUGCAUUUGGAGGACGAGGGUUAUGUGCCUGAUACAUCACAAGUGUUGUAUGAUAUAGAUGAUGAGGGCUAAGGAUACAAGAUGGGCUUGGUGUUUGUAUUGAUAAUUCAGUGGUUAAGGUGCAAGGGCAACAACACUACCAUACAAGGCACAUAUAUCUAUUUAUGUGAGGAGAUUUUGGAAGGGCUUAACACUUUGAAAAUCAUUGAGAUCAUAUGAAGAUAAACGAUGAGAAGAAAUGGAUCAUGCUUAUGAGAUGCAUAUGAACUGCUCCAUCGUAGUGAGUUACUGAAGGGGUCACAUAUUUUGCAGGGGCUUGGCCACUUAGGGUGAUAUGUGAAGAACAAUUCAGAUAUUUCUGCUUGGACGGUUGGCUCUUUUACAUGUUUCAUCAAAAGUUUUUUUGGGGAUAGUUUUAUGCAUUUCAUUACUUAUUUUUGUAAGUUUUAUGCAUUUCAUCCUGAAGAGUCGAUUGUACGGAGGAGAAAUUUUGAGAAUGACAAAAUCAAUGUUUGUGA